CCUUAGCGGAAGCCCGGUAAACUGUUUGGCGGAAUGUGAGAAGAAACGGUGUGAUGGAGGUAGACGUCCUGGAGUUCCUGGUUCCUGUGGAGAACAAUAAGACCCUGUUUGUGUGGGACAUUGAUCCGUGUCAUACUGAGGCUCAAAUCUAUGACGGGCUGCACUCUGUGUUCUCGUCUUUCGGUCCUCUCUACCUGCUGAAGGUGUGUCCCAACGCUCCGCUCAGCCCGCCCGGCUUCUACGCCCUCAUCAAGUUCUACUCUGCUGCUCAGACCUCGAGGGCUCAACGGCAGACUGACGGACGCUCGCUGCUCCAGAGCUCUCCACUCAAGGUUAGGCUGAGCUCCAAACAGACUCCUCACUUCCUGUCUGACAGCAGAAGACCUCUAAGCCACGCCCACUGCGUGGAACUGGCCAAUCACUGCUUGGGAUUCAAUGGCUGGACCUCUGACAUCAUCACACUGAAGGAGCUCACCAAUGAAGAAGAGGAGGAGGAGGAGGAGGAGGAGGAUGGAGGCAGAUGGAGGAGGCUGAGGUUUGGCUGUGUGCUGCAGCUCUCCUUCCCUCAUCACAGACAGACGACCAGAGCAGCAGCGGUGGUGGAGGACAGCUUCACCUGUACAGGUCCAGAUGUUCUGCUACAGAAACGCUGUAAACUACUGAAGCAGGUCAGAGAGAAGGCUCUGGUCCAGGCCUUCGCCACAGUACUACUCAUACUACUAGGUAACGGUAAAGUGAUGGUGGAGGUGAAACAGACCUCAGAUCAGGUCCAAGCAGAGCAGACUGAAGGAGUUCUUCAGGUACUGCCUGCAUACUCUUGCCACGUGAGGCCGGGCAUUGCCGUGCAUUAGGAGGAAACCAGGACCUACUGCACCAGUGUAGGGUCUGACAAUGGGUUCAAGGAUUUCAUCUCGAUACCUUAUGGCAGUCAGAGCACCAUUUCCUAGGCAGUAGAGGUCUGUGCGUCCCUCCAUGGAUAUGCCUCCCCAGACCAUCACUGACCCACCACCAAACCUGUCAUGUUGAACGACGUUGCAGUCAGCAUAGCGUUCUCCUUGUCUUCUCCAGACUCUUUCACGUCUAUCACAGGUGCUCAGGGUGAA